AUGUCUAGCUAUGUCGGUUUCCGUCACGAAGAGACUGGACCUUACCGUGGUGUGACGUCUUCUAUCGGAAGAAGACGAUCCAGGGACACCCAGUCCAUGGCUUGGCAGCGAAACUUGAAAGCCGUUGUUAGUCAAAUCAGUCGCGUUGGCAAUUGCCGGACAACGGGAGGAGUCAAACAGAUGUUUAUUCGCCAUGGCGAAUAUGUCGCGCAGCCAACGAUGCUUUUACACCAAAGCCAUCAACUUCAUUUCGUGGCUUUCACUUUCUAUGACACUGGAUAG